UCACCGCUACCGGGCAUAAUCCUGUCCAACGUGCGUUCCCUGCCCAACAAACUGAAACUGAUGCUGGACAAAAACAGGGACUUCUCCUCAUCUGCUGUUUUUUGUUUCACGGAGACGUAGCUGUGUGGAGAAAUCCCGGACUCCUCGCUGCAGCUGGACGGCUUCCAACUUUUCAGAGCCGACCGCGACACAUUUCUCUCCGGCAAGGCGAAGGGUGGAGGGAUCUGUUUUGUCGUGUUGUAGUAAUAAAUCCAAAGUGUAGACUUAUGUCUAUAAUCUAAAUAACACAGAUUGAAAUGUUUUUAUCUUGUUUUCUAUUCUUCAGUGGACCUGGCACAACUACAGAAAAUGACCACAGCGUUGACCUGUAUGAACGUUCAGAUAUUGGAGACACACAGAAAUAACAAGAUGAACAACAAGGACCGUGUUUCGGUGUAAAGACAACUGAAGAGCCGGCGCUCAACCAAGCGGAUUUGCCCCAAACAACUUACGACAUAGAUAUAUCAAAGGCCAAGGACCAGAUUAGUGAAAUGGACGACUGUGGAAAAUUCCAACUUCUUCAGACCAGAAAACCACCCAAGUCUUUCAAUUUCCCUGCCAGAGAAUUUAAAGACAACCGAAGAGCCAGUGGGGUGACCAAAAGAACAUGCCAGAGGGACUGGCUUGACAAGUAUGACUUUUUAUCAUACUCUGCCCAGGAAGAUGGCGUGUACUGUUUGCCAUGCAUUUUGUUUCCUGUUGAGAGUCAGAGUAGGAGGGCUAGUAUUUUGACAGACCUGCCAUUUACUAACUGGAGAAAGUUCACUGAACAAAUUACAACACACAUGCAACUGCAAUACCACCAGAGUUCUGAUGCAAACUUUCAUGCAUUUGUGGAUGUAAUGAAUGGUCAACAAACAAGGAUUAACCACAUGUUGAAUUCUGAGAUGGAUAAAUGUGUUACAGAAAAUAGACUGUUCCUCUCAUCAGUUGUAAAAUGUAUAGAGCUGUGUGGGCGUCAAGGCUUCGCCCUAAGAGGCCACCGAGACAAUCCUACAUCAGAAAGUCUAAACAAAGGCAACUUUCUUGCACUUCUCAAGUUCAGACAAGAAGCAGGCGAUGACCCACUUAAAAAUUACUUGGACUUAUGUGGUCAAAAUGCAAAAUACAUUUCUAAAACAUCUCAAAACGAUUUGCUUGACUGUAUAAAAGAGUAUAUUCAAAGCACAAUUGUGCUUGAUGUGCAGGAAUGGGGGCCACACUAUGCUGUAAUAGCUGAUGAGGUCACUGAUGUUUCAAACUGUGAACAACUAGGUGUGUGUAUUCGCUACGUGAAAGAUGGCAUUCCUUUUGAAAGGUUAAUAGAUUUUGUUGGAUGUGAUUCCAUAACAGGGGAAGCAAUAUGUAAAAACCUGUUGACCUCUUUAAAGAAAGUUGGCCUAGAUCCAAAACUGUGUUGUGCUCAAGGCUAUGAUGGUGCUGGCAAUAUGGCAGGAAGAGUAAAUGGUUGUGCUGCAAACUUUUGCAAAGAAUCCCCAAGAGCUAAGUACUUCCACCGUGCGAGUCACCAAUUAAACCUAGCAUUAUCCAAGUCAUCAUCUGUUCUGGAUAUCAAAUGUAUGCUUUCAACUGUUGCUUCAGUUGGUAUUUUUUUCAAGUAUUCACCAAAGAGGCAGCAACAGUUUGAAUCUUCAGUGUCUGAGAUUAACCAGGAAAGGCUUGCAGCAGAUCAAGAACUGUUGGCUAAGAAGAAGUUAAAGCUCAUGUGUGAGACUCGUUGGGUUGAGCGUCACACUAGCCUUGAAGAUUUCCACAGCCUUUAUGAAGCUCUUCUCCAUUGUCUUAAUGUUAUAUCAGAGAAUGCAGAUUCUGUGUGGGAUGCCAAAGCAGUAGUUGAAGCAACUGGCCUCCCUAAAGCAGUAACUUUGGCCAACUUUAUUGCCGCUUUACAGUGCAACAGCUGCCAUACUAGGCUUAAAACUGUUGCCAAGCAACCUGCAUUUGAUGAACACUGA